UUGUAACUGACCACAAGUGGAAAGCAAAAUGAGAGCUGCUUUGACGUAAAGGAAACAUUUAUUAUUGGGCUAUAGAAACCUCAGUUUAACCUUGGUGUGGUUACAUUUGUGCUGCAGAGCAAGAACUUGUGAGCUUCAAGAUUUACAGACAAAGCAGAGAGACAUGGAUGUCAUCUACAAAGAAGGGAUGCUGUUCCUGCAGGCAGUCAAGUUUGGAAAAAGAAUGUGGCGGAAAAUAUGGAUGAUGCUCUUUAAACCCAGCUCCACAGGCGUUGGACGCUUGGAGCUUUACUCUGUACUCGACAACAUGGCUCUUACUGACCAGAAGAAGCUUGCUUGGCAGAAAACACAAGAUAGAAAGGUGGUGCGAUUAAGUGAUUGCCUCAGUGUCUCACCUGCUCCAAAGGAAUCUUGCCCUCAAGGGUGCACAGCCUUCUACUUAAACACCACGCAAAGCACCUACACCCUGGCCUCCACGGCCAGCGAGGACUGGCUGAGUGCCCUCUGUCUUCUUGCCUUCCAGAAGGAUCCUGGAGAAUCAGACAAAGGGGGUUUCAAGAAAGAAUAUGGCUUUACUAUGGAGGACAAUGACCUCUACUCAACUUGGAAAAAAGAUCUUCCUCCAAACCAGUACCAAGUGACUGUGCAGAGCACAGAGGCAUCCAGGAGGUGCCAGCUUAAUGGGAUGUAUUUGGUGUCACCAGAAGAAGAGGCAGUGAUUCUGCUCACCAUUAAUACUGGUCAAGUUGUCUACCGUUGGCCCUAUACGCUCUUACGAAAAUUUGGACAGGUUAAGGGUGGAUUCAGCAUUGAAGCUGGCCGUCGUUGUGAAUCAGGAGAGGGAGUGUUCAUUUUCCUGUCCAGACAUGGUCCACAAAUCUUCCAGGCUAUUUCAAAGCAGUGCACUGUGGAGAAGAGGCCUCCCGUCCAACAACUAAAUGUCCACAGAAGAACAUCAUCUGACCAGUCUUUCAUGAUCCUCCCAAUCAAAACCGACUCAACUGCUGGUUCCCCUGGUCAGAAUCCUGCUGAUUGUUUGGCUGUCAAAGAGGCCGAGUCUGCCAACCACUACUCUACCAUUGAUAACUCCUCUGUACCAAGGUUAAAGCGUCUAUCUCUUUCAAAACCCUUUUUCUAUAACAGCAAGGAGUCUGUGGGUGAUGACAAUGAAGAAGAGCGCUGUCAUUCUCUUGAUUCCUUAAUCAUGAAUUAUGUCGUGGAUCAGAACCGUUGUGGCAACCUGAGGAGAGCUACACCUCCUCUGAUAAGAAAGGAGCAGUUAAAAGCUGAGGCAGAAGAUUCAGAGUGCAUCUACUCUGAAGUGAAAUUUGUUGAUUCCCCUUCAAAGAAUCCCUGGCUACCACCUUUCUCUUACCUUCCUCCUCCUCCUCUUCCUCCUCCUCCUCCUCCUCCUCCUCCUCCUCCUCCUCCUCCUCCUCCUCCUCCUCCUCCAUCUGUCCCCCUGCCACCUCCUCCUCUCCAGUCCGUACACUUGGUCCUACCAAAGCCCCGAUACCAGCACCAGCCCCCUGCCAACCUGCAGCCAGGCUACAAUGCACAGCCAGUGGAUGACAUGAAGGACACGGAGGAGGCCAUCAACUCCUCCAGCCGCGUUACCUCCACAGAGGCCCCCGGCACUUUUAAACAGAGGCUGGCAGAAAUAAUUUCCAAGGACCUGGCAAAGUUCCAGCCCCCUCUUCCCUAUGGAGCAAGCAGCCCCACAUUUUCUCAAUAGACUACUCCUUAACAGGCAGCCAAGAAGGAGCAGUUUGAACUACGAAGAGCUUUAUUAAAGCCUAAUCAGUUUCUUUGAAACCCCCUCUGUUGGGAGCAAUAGACAUCAGAUUUUGGCUGGCAGAUGUUUCUGCACUGGUGGAGUGUGAUGGACUGCAAUUAAGCACCAUAAUUAUCCUAAGCUUGGAUGUACUGUACUUUUUUACACAAAAUUUCUUGGCAAAGAUUAAGUUAGAGUAAAUCCUGCAAAAUUAGCUAAUUAACCUGUCACAUUAUAAAUAAGUACUUUUCUUGACUAAGCUACACAGGAGUACAUCAAAAUAUCUAAAUAAGCCUCAAAAGUACAUGCAUCCAUAUACUUUAUUCAAAGGGGACAUACAACAAGAGACCUACUUCAGUAAUUUGGCAAUUAUAUUUGGAUAUUCAGAGUUUCUACCAACCCACAAAAUGUGAAUAAAGCCAACCCAGGAAUUUGUUAAUAGUCAAGCUAUGUGUGAAAACACAGAAUCUGAUGGACUGUUCCUAAUCUGCUCUCCUUGUGACAUAACAAUCAUACAGUGCCUAUAAAGUGUUCACCCCCCUUUUUUUUUAAUCCUUUACUGAUUUUAUAAAUCAGUAAUGGCUAAUAUAAUUUGGCUUUUUUUGACCAAAAAAAUACAAAAAACCCUCUUUAAAGACCCGUAAAGGGAAAAUGAAUCUGUACUUGGGUUUGUUGUAUGAUAGGUCACUGUGUGAUGAACCCCUAAAUCAAAUUUCAGUCAAACAAAACAUCUCAACAAAGUUUAUGAAAUUAAAAAGUUCUGCUAUAUUGGGCCUCUCGUAGCCUACUGGCUGUUAGCAAAACUGUUGUCCUUAAAGUGGGUAGUCCAAAUUUAAAUAUGAUCAAUUUUGAUAGACUUCUUUCCUGCUGUCAUCCCACACACUCUCUCUCUCCAAAUUUUUGACUUCUUUCUGUCCUAUUUGAAUAAAGCUACACAAGCCAGAUAUUAAUUAUUUUUUAAAAUGCUGUAUAUAAAUCUGAAUUUGCUAAACAGCAUGAUGAGUACUUAAAAGUUUGGUACAUGAAGUGCAUUUAAGACUUAAACUUUGUGCUUUUGCUUUGGUAUGACUUUAGUUUUCUAUGAAUACAGCACUUUCAUCUCCUAUAAAUUUAUCGUUAAAGCUCUAGUGAGAAGCUUUUGGUGAUUUAUGCACCCCCUGUGGACAAAGUAGUACCUCUAAUCUCCUUGCUGAUGCAUUCGUCUGUGAUAAUAUUAAUAACUGUUUAUAUAACCAUUUAUAAAACAAGUUACAAAGUGCACUGCAAGGAAAAUUAGCCAGGAUGAUCAGAACAAAUACACAAAAAGUUAAGCAAUUAAAAAAAUAAUUAAAGCAUCGAUAAAGAGGAAACCCAAAGCAGAGACUUGGGUGACACAGUGAGAAGGGAGCAAAAGAGGAAGGAGCAUCUACAAGCAUAAUAGAAAAAGAGCUGUAUGACAGAUAGCACAUGAACCAAUCCAGUGAUGCUAACAGUGCACUUCAAGUGGCUGAUUAUGGUAAUAUGGUCCAAUGUGUCAAAGGCUGAGCUGAGAUCAGUGUCUACUGUCUGACAGAAAAUCUCAUCUUGCAGUCAAACAUACCACUUGGUAUAAAUAUCUGCUGUGGAGGUUGACUAACAAAAUGUUUUUGUUGUAAAUAACCUGGUCUGACACCUACCCUGCAGCAAUGGU